CUCAAUUACCAGCUGCCAUACACAACACAGCCAUGGCAGGGAAGGUAGUGGUGCUGGUGACGCUUGUGGCGGCGGCGGCGGCGACCUCCACCUCUCAUGUCUCCAUCAACUUCGGGGACGCCAAAGUGGAGUACGACAGCAAUCACGUGCCGGAGCAUCCCCCCGCGGCGCCCUACCACCCGGCGCCGCACCCCGCCCCGGCCUAUCACCCGGAGCCUGUCUACCACCCAGAGCCUGUCUACCACCCGGAGCCUGUCUACCAUCACCCUGAGCCUUACCACGAGCCUGAAAUUCCCGCCUGCGCCGAGCUGACCAACGACACCUACUGCCUGGAGGACGAGGAGUACCCGGAGUAUGAGAUUAAGCACGCCAUCCAGUACCACCUGGACAAGUUCAACCACCUGUACGCCGACGUGGCUGACCUCAACACAGAGCUGUCCGUGGAGCGGCCUGACACCAUCGACGAAGAGACCUACCUCUGUCCCUCCGUCACAGCCUAUAUCAGGCCGCUGCGCGCCAUCAACACGGAGGGCAAGUGGCGUGUGGUGGUCAACGAGAUUCAACUUCACUACAAAACCUUCACCCAGACCACCCGCGUGGAGGACUGUCUCACUGCCGGCGACCCCUGCCCCAAGGUCCUCUGCUACGAAUCUUCCUGCCUGCAGAAGUCCAUCUACCACCGCUUCCUUGUCUACGACCCCUACGACCAGUAUUUCCCCUUCGCCGUGGAGACCUUCAAGCUGCCCGCCAGCUGCGCCUGCCUCCUCGGCGCCUCCACCCUGGACCACUAACGCCCUCUACCUCCAGGACCACACCUGACCCAAGGAGAAGCACACACACGAAUGAAGUGCCAUUGUGCCUCCGCCAUGCCCCCCUCCCUCUGCCACCACGUGACAAAGCCAUGAUGACCUCAAUCUUUCAACUUAGGUAAAGUGAAACAGGUAAUAGUCGACUGAUCGUGCACAGGUGAGCGGUAAUUAGUUAAGAUAAGGUACAAUAAGUAGAAGCAGUAGCAGCAUUCGUAAAAACCAGAAAAAAAGUACAUAUUGUUUACUUUAGAAAGAAAAUUGAAGUAGGUAGGUCAUGACACUACUCAGCAUCCCUCUCUUAUGAUUUAUUGUUCUGUUAGUCUGCCACACUCCAUGAAGGUUCCUGUUGACUAGUAAACAGAAAAUGAGAACACGCGUCCCGUUCUCUCCUCGAAACUCACAACAAAAGACGGUACAACAAAAAGAAGAGCAAAGCGAUCCCAAGG